UCAUGAGGCGACGGGAUGAUAAUUUCCCCGAUAAUGGAUUUGAAGCAUGGGGGGGUUACAUGCAGGCUAAAAUAGCUAAAUUGGAAGAGCAGUUUCGGUUGCGGGCUAAAAACAAUGAAGAGCAAGUCUCAAACAUCUUCAGUGGCGUGAGUAUUUAUGUUAACGGCUAUACAAAUCCUUCUGCUGAUGAAUUAAAAGGUCUUAUGGCAAGACACGGUGGUGUUUACCAUACUUAUCAGAGAAGUGGUGAUUAUAUCAUAGCUUCAAAUUUACCCGAUUUUAAAGUGAAGAAAAUGGACUUGGACAAAGUUGUUAAGCCAGAAUGGAUAACAGAAAGCAUAGCAUCUAAUUGUUUGCUAAACUAUAAGGAUUACCUACUUUAUAACAGUUUUAGGACACAGCCCAAACUAAACUUUGAUGUUGUAACAAAAUCUGAAUGUUCUUCUUACAAUAAAACUUCAGUCAGUCCUCCUAACAAAACUGAUCCAUCAGUCUCUUUUCCGGGUGUCAAAGUGGUAACAGCUCCAAGUUAUGAUGCAAGCUCAAAAAGUAAUUUUAAUGUUUUUGAAACUAGCAACCAAAUAAUAUCUGAUAUAACAAAACACUGUGACACAAGCAUAAAGACAGCCGCUGAUCCUAAUUUUAUAUCAGAAUUUUAUAAUAACUCCCGACUUCACCACAUAUCUCAACUUGGAGCUACCUUCAAGCAAUACAUCAAUGAUUUAAGAGAAAAUAGUGAUUUUACUUUUCCAUCUCGGGUAGAGCUAAAAGAGUCAAUACACAUAUUAAGUAGAGGGAAUGGAUCACAAAGUUCAUUUGAAGGUGGUAAAAUAAUAAUGCAUAUUGAUAUGGACUGUUUCUUUGUAUCAGUUGGUUUACGUAAGAGACCUGAAUUACGAGGCCAACCUGUUGCCGUAACACAUUCCAAAGGAGGACAACCUCAUUCAAAGCGGCCAGGAGUUGACAGGAACACUGAAUUUCAUAUGUACAAACAAAAGCAGGCCAAAAAGUUAUGCAAAGCUGCUGGAUUGGCAGAAGAUAUGAUUGAUGUUGAGGAAAUUGAAACAAGAGUGGAUGGUAUUACAGAUGAUGGAGAUAAGUAUGGAUCUAUGAGUGAAAUUGCCUCUUGUUCAUAUGAAGCAAGAGCUAAAGGUGUAAGUAAUGGAAUGUUCAUGGGGGCAGCACUAAGAUUAUGUCCAGACUUACAAACCAUUCCAUAUGAUUUUGAAGGAUAUAAAGAAGUAGCAUUCACCCUAUACAAUACAAUUGCCAAGUAUAUACUAGAUAUUGAAGCAGUCUCCUGUGAUGAAAUGUAUGUUGAUUGUACUGAACUCCUCAAAACAAUAGAUGUAUCUGCCCAUGAUUUUGCUUCUGCAUUGAGGAUGGAAAUAAAAGAAAAAACAGGUUGUCCCUGCUCAACUGGAUUUGGUGGAAACCGUUUACAAGCAAGGCUAGCAACCAAACAUGCUAAGCCAGAUGGUCAAUUCUUUUUAUGUAGUGAUUUAGUUAACGACUUUAUGUACGACAUUAAACUAAGAGAUUUACCUGGUGUAGGCCGACAAACAUCACAAAAACUGGAAGCAAUAGGUCAUCAAACAUGUGGCUCUUUACAAACUUUGCCAUUGGAUGUAUUACGACGUCAGCUUGGUAAUAAAACAGGAUCUCAAUUAUAUGAUCAGUGUCGUGGGCGAGACCCAACACCUCUUGCAUUUUUUACUGUCAGAAAGUCAGUAUCUGCAGAAGUGAAUUAUGGAAUCAGAUUUGAGAAUGAAGAACAAUGUUUUGAGUUUCUACAACAAUUGUCAGCUGAAGUACAAACAAGAAUGGUGCAAUAUAAAGUAGUAGGCAAGUGCAUUACAUUGAAGCUGAUGGUUAGAGCUGCAGAUGCUCCUGUUGAAACUGCAAAAUUUAUGGGUCAUGGUUUCUGUGAUGUAAUAAACAAAUCUGUCAACGUGAACAAUCCUACCAGUGAUGCUUGUGUAAUAUCUAAGGAGGUGAUUGGAAUUUGUAAGAAAUUAAAAGUAGAACCAAAAGAAAUGAGGGGAAUAGGUAUUCAAGUCACAAAGUUAGAGACAACGACAAACAAGGCGAUUAAAGGUGCCAUGAAUAAAUACCUUUCCACUACCAACAAACACACAAAGGGCAUUAAAAAUGAGUCCAAUAAUAUAAUGGUGGAAAAUUCUAAAGAAGUUAAUUCUUGUGUAAAAAAAGAAGAACUUGUACCUGAGAAUCACUCAAGAACUCCAAAAAAGUUAGUUUCAGUGACAUCACCACAAAGAAAGAAAUCCCCAGUAAUUGGUACAUCCAAGUCACCUGUAAGACGAAGAGGAAGACCUCCAAAGAGCUUAUCCACUAAACCUCAAGAUACAACUUCAAUUAAUCUCAUGAACAAGUUUUUGUUUGGCCAAAGUAGAGAUUCAUUCAAUUUAAUAGAGGAAAAAUAUGUACCUGCUAAUGAUGCAUCUAACAAAUUAGUUAAAAUUAAUAAAACAAGUGAAGUGAAUAAAUCACCAGAAUCAGAAAGAUUAGAUUUAAUAGGUCUACCAUGGCAAAAUGUUAGAGAGUUACUGAGAGCCUGGCUGGACAGUGGCCAAACUCCUUUACCUUGUGAUAUUAAUUUAAUAAUUACAUAUAUGAGAGAAAUGGUUAUAAAUAAACAAAUCGAUAAACUUAUUAUAUUAAUUAAUUUCUUAAGACGUAGAACAUGUGAAAUGAAAGAAGAUAAGUGGAUUGAAGUCUAUCAACAUAUUGUGUUAGAAGUACAAAAUGCUAUGAUUGCUAUUUACGGUAAAAAACUGUACAUUGAGGAAAGUACCUAACAAGUUCAAUGAGUACAAAAUAAAAUGGUUAUUUAAUUAA